AUGGCGAACCGAAAGAGACCGCUAGCCAUCACCGCUAACAACAGCUUACACACGCCCGAGAAGAAACUAUCAGUAGUCCAGCUGAUCGGCUCGGACUACAUGCACUGGGAGGUCGAGGAAACUUGCCAAUAUCUAAGAAAAGAAGGGCUCGCCGAGUGGGAAGAUAUUUUUAGAUCUCAAAAAGUUACUGGCGUCGGUCUGAGGUACAUUAAAGAUGAUGAUUUGGAGAAGAUGGGAGUGAAAUGCCAUGGAGAUCGCCUCAGGAUUCUUCACAGCUUGAGAAAACUCUGGCAGUUGGAAGCAGAGCCAAAUAAGGUUUUCAAUGAUCCCAUUCAUGGCCACGUGGAGCUACACCCACUUUUGAUCAAAAUUAUAGACACGCCCCAGUUUCAGAGAUUGCGAAACAUCAAACAGCUCGGAGGCGCUUACUACGUUUUUCCUGGUGCAUCGCACAACAGAUUCGAGCACAGCAUUGGGGUGGGAUACCUGGCAGGUCGUCUAGUUCAGGCUCUCAACGAGAGACAGCCUGAACUCCUCAUUUCGUGUAGAGACAUUCUGUGUGUCCAGAUUGCAGGUCUUUGUCAUGAUCUUGGACAUGGGCCGUUUUCCCACAUGUUUGAUGGUAUUUUUAUUCCCAAAGCUCGUCCACAAGUGACAUGGAAGCAUGAGACUGCGUCCCUCGCCAUGUUUGACUAUCUGGUGGAUGAAAAUGGACUGAAGCCAGUCAUGGAACAGCACGGCCUGGUUCUUCCGCAGGAUCUCGACUUCAUCAAAGAGCAGAUCGCCGGACCACUGCAAAAUGAUACUGUUCAAAGUGUGAAGUGGCCAUACAAAGGUCGACCUGAAGACAAAUCUUUCCUCUAUGAAAUUGUGGCCAACAAGAGGAAUGGCAUUGAUGUCGAUAAGUGGGACUACUUUGCCAGGGACUGCUACCACUUGGGCAUUCAAAACAACUUUGACUAUCGCCGCUUCCUUAAGUUUGCCCGAGUGUGUGAAGUGGAUGGACAAAAGAACAUUUGUACUAGAGACAAGAAACAAAGAGAGAGCGUCAUCUGUCACCUACAGUCUCUCUCCCUAAAACCUUCAAACAAGGAAGUGGGAAAUCUGUACGACAUGUUCCACACCAGAAAUUGCCUCCAUAGACGAGCUUACCAACACAAAGUCGGAAACAUCAUCGAAACAAUGAUUACUGAGGCAUUUCUAAAAGCAGACAAACAUAUCCAGAUAGAAGGCUCAGGGGGAAGGAUGUUCACCUUGUCCACAGCCAUAGAUGACAUGGAGGCUUACACCAAACUGACAGAUCAUGUGUUCGAACAAAUUCUCAACUCCUCGUCCAAAGAGCUCGCUGAUGCGCGACAGAUUCUACGCAAUAUUAUUUGUCGACGCCUUUACAAGUGUCUGGGCCAAACUCAACCGGACAAGCCCGUCGUGGUCACUCAGGAAAUGGUUCGAAGUUGGGAAGCAGACUUGGCUCUGUCUGUACCUCAGGGAUCCCAGGAUGACGAACUACAGCCCGAGGACUUUGUGGUAAAUGUUAUUCAAAUGGAUUAUGGAAUGAAGGAAAAGAAUCCAAUAAACAAUGUCCGAUUCUAUUGCAAAAACGACCUUACCACUGCCAUCCAAAUACGCAAAAACCAGGUAUCAAAACUCCUUCCAGAGCGUUUUGCUGAACAGUUGAUCAGAGUUUACUGCAAAAAGACGGAUGAGAGGAGCUUAGCGGCAGCGAAGAAGCACUUUGUUCAAUGGUGCAUGGACAAAAACUUCUCUAAACCCCAGGAUGGAGACAUAAUCGCCCCAGAGCUCACUCCGCUGAAAGCCAGCUGGUCCAACAACAACGAGGGAGAGGAGAGAGUGGAGAGAAAUUCGGGCCUUCUCAACGGGAGAGCCAAAGUGCAGCUUGUCUUCAAUUCUGCUCAAUCAUGGAAAUGA